AUGAUUCCACGACAGUUUUAUCUCAAAGCUCAGAGCAGUCAGGGGAGACUACUUAGGGGUGUGGAAUGCUUGAACCUCGACCCGGCGCUCCCCUUGUGCCACCUCUACCAUCCCUGCUGCCGACUCCUGUCCCAUUUGAACCCCUUCUUCAGGCAACAAGUGUCUCUUGUUCGGAGGUGUGUGGGCUCUCUAAUGAUACCGACAACAACCAGCCUGACUGGUUUUGCUGGAGGAUUAGCAGCAGUGCUGCACUCUUCUUCACUUUCAGGGAGACACUCCAUCACUGUCACUACUUUGACCUCAGCCGGGAACAUUGGUGAGGAUGGGAUUCUAAGCUGCACUUUUGAACCUGACAUCAAACUCAGUGACAUCGUGAUACAGUGGCUGAAGGAAGGCGUCAUAGGCUUGGUCCAUGAGUUCAAGAAGGGCAAGGAUGAUCUGUCCGAUCAAGAUGACAUGUUUAAGGGCCGAACGGCAGUGUUUGCAGACCAAGUGAUAGUUGGCAAUGCUUCUCUAAAGUUGAAAAAUGUACAGUUAACAGAUGCUGGCACCUACAAAUGCUAUAUUAUCACCUCAAAGGGCAAGGGAAAUGCCAAACUGGAGUAUAAAACUGGAGCCUUCAGCAUCCCAGAGGUGAAUGUGGACUACAAUGCCAGUUCAGAAAGUCUGCGCUGUGAGGCUCCCCGAUGGUUCCCACAACCCACUGUGGCCUGGGCCUCUCAGGUUGACCAAGGGGCCAACUUUUCUGAAGUCUCCAAUACCAGCUUUGAGCUGAAUUCUGAGAAUGUGACCAUGAAGGUGGUGUCUGUGCUUUAUAAUGUCACUGUCAACAACACAUACUCCUGUAUGAUUGAGAACGACAUUGCCAAAGCCACAGGGGAUAUCAAAGUGACGGAUUCUGAGAUUAAAAAAAGGGGCCACCUGCAGCUGCUGAAUUCUGAAGCUGCCUUGCUAGGUUCAACUGUCUGUGUCCUUAGUUGGGUACUUCUGCCCCUCGCCCCUUACCUGAUGCUCUUCUAGGUUCUUUGGGACAUACAGAAACAUACGCAGCCAUUGACAUAACAGAGUCCUCAAACCCUCCUGGACUGUUUCAUACCUUGAAGAUAUUUUUAUUUUUCAACAUGCUGCUUCUUUUUCUAGACAAACCUUCAGUUUUAGAAGUCUGGACUGAAUGAAAAAGAUCAAGAAGCAAAAAAAGAAAUAAAGACCAACCCAUAAAACAUCCUAUAUGUAGACAAUUAGCCCAUCUUCCUAGAAGCAGGUUUACAACUUGGAUAAGGAUUCAUCUGAAAUAAAGGACCAUCUCAAUGCCUUUCCAUGAAUGCAUUUGGAUAUAAUGGAUUUCCUGCCAAC